CACCAAAUCGGAACUCUCGGCGUUCUUACUCCGUCUCCGGCGUUGCCUCCGUCGAUUUCAUCUUCUCAGUUGGAAGGAGUGAAUUGAUAAGGACAAGCCAAGAUGGCUAACUUACAAGUUUCUGGAAUAAUCGAAAAGAUGACGGGUAAAGAUAAAGAUUACAGAUACAUGGCAACCUCUGAUUUGCUUAAUGAGUUGAAUAAGGAUUCCUUUAAACUCGACACGGAUUUGGAGAUGAGAUUGUCGAGUAUCAUAUUGCAACAGCUCGAUGAUGUGGCUGGUGAUGUUUCUGGAUUGGCUGUUAAAUGUCUUGCUCCAUUGGUGAAGAAGGUUGGAGAAGAGCGAAUUGUCGAAAUGACCAACAAAUUAUGUGAUAAACUGCUGCAUGGGAAAGACCAGCAUCGUGAUACUGCAAGCAUAGCUCUCAGGACUGUUGUCGCCCAAGUUACUCCAUCGCUUGCUCCAUCUAUUCUUGUUACUCUAACCCCACAAAUGAUAGGAGGGAUAAGUGGCCAGGGAAUGAGCUCAGGGAUUAAGUGUGAAUGUCUUGAGAUCAUGUGUGAUGUUGUUCAAAAAUAUGGGAGUUUAAUGGCGGAUGAUCAUGAGAAGCUAUUGAACACAUUGUUAUUGCAAUUGGGCUGUAACCAAGCCACAGUCAGGAAGAAGACUGUUACAUGCAUUGCAUCUCUUGCUUCCAGUCUGUCUGAUGAUUUGCUCGCAAAGGCGACAGUUGAAGUUGUGAAAAAUCUAAGUAACAAGAAUGCGAAAUCGGAGAUUACACGCACCAAUAUUCAAAUGAUUGGAGCUUUAUGCCGUGCUGUUGGGUACCGAUUUGGGACUCAUCUAGGUAACACUGUGCCAGUAUUAAUCAAUUACUGCACCAGCGCUUCAGAAAAUGACGAGGAGCUUCGCGAGUAUAGCUUACAGGCACUUGAAAGUUUCUUGCUACGAUGUCCCAGGGACAUUACACCAUAUUGUGAUGAAAUUUUAAAUCUCACUUUGGAAUAUAUUAGUUAUGACCCAAAUUUUACGGACAACAUGGAGGAAGAUACUGAUAAUGAGACUCUUGAAGAUGAAGAUGAUGACGAGAGUGCAAAUGAGUACACAGAUGAUGAGGAUGCCAGCUGGAAAGUUAGGAGAGCAGCGGCUAAAUGUUUAGCUGGACUAAUCGUUUCUCGUUCUGAGAUGCUCGCUAAAGUAUAUCAAGAGGCCUGCCCGAAACUAAUUGAUAGAUUUAAGGAAAGGGAGGAAAACGUGAAGAUGGAUGUAUUCAACACAUUCAUUGAUCUUCCAAAAUGGCUACUGAAGCAAGAAGUCUCAAAGAUUGUGAAAUCCAUAAAUAGGCAACUGCGAGAAAAGUCUGUUAAGACAAAGGUUGGUGCAUUCUCUGUUUUAAGAGAACUUGUGGUUGUCCUGCCCGACUGCCUUGCUGAUCAUAUUGGUUCACUUGUUCCUGGAAUUGAAAGGGCGCUAAAUGAUAAAUCUUCUACUUCAAACUUGAAAAUUGAAACUCUUGUCUUCACCAAAUUAGUCUUGGCAUCACAUGCGCCUCCUGUUUUUCAUCCUUACAUUAAGGCUCUUUCAAGUCCCGUUUUAGCUGCUGUUGGUGAACGUUAUUACAAGGUGACCGCUGAGGCAUUAAGGGUUUGUGGAGAACUUGUAAGAGUAGUCCGCCCAAGUACUGCGGGAAUGGGCUUUGAUUUUAAACCGUUUGUUCAUCCUAUCUACAAUGCGAUAAUGUCUCGCUUGACAAAUCAAGAUCAGGACCAGGAAGUCAAGGAGUGUGCUAUCACCUGUAUGGGUCUUGUGAUUUCAACAUUUGGUGAUCAACUGAGAGCAGAGUUACCUUCAUGCCUUCCUGUGCUUGUUGAUCGAAUGGGAAACGAAAUCACUCGCCUCACUGCAGUAAAGGCAUUUGCAGUCAUUGCCACUUCUCCGCUUCACAUUGAUCUAUCAUGUGUCUUGGACCAUUUGAUUGCUGAACUAACGGGAUUCUUACGGAAGGCUAAUCGGGUUCUAAGGCAAGCAACACUGAUUACUAUGAAUACCUUGGUAACAGCCUACGGUGAUAAAAUUGGCUCAGAUGCUUAUGAAGUUAUUCUUGUGGAGCUUUCAUCUCUGAUAAGUGUUUCGGACCUGCACAUGACAGCUCUUGCACUCGAACUCUGCUGCACUCUGAUGACUGGAAAGAGUUGUAGUGAAAAUAUCAGUUUGGCGGUUCGCAACAAAGUUCUUCCGCAGGCUCUAACUUUAGUUAAAAGCCCAUUGCUCCAGGGUCAAGCACUUUUGGAUCUGCAAAAAUUCUUUGAAGCUCUGGUGUAUCAUGCAAAUACGAGUUUCUACACCUUGCUGGAAUCAUUGCUAUCUUGUGCUAAGCCUUCUCCUCAGUCUGGAGGUGUCCCAAAACAAGCAUUAUAUUCAAUUGCACAGUGUGUGGCGGUUCUUUGUCUCGCAGCGGGUGAUAAGAAUUGUUCGUCAACUGUUAAAAUGCUUAUGGAAAUCCUUAAAGAUGACAGCGGCACAAAUUCAGCAAAACAACAUCUUGCCCUGUUAUCUCUCGGUGAGAUUGGGAGAAGGAAAGAUCUCAGCGCACAUGCUGGCAUUGAAACAAUCGUCAUUGAGUCUUUCCAAUCUCCGUUUGAAGAAAUAAAGUCUGCAGCUUCUUAUGCUCUUGGAAACAUUGCUGUUGGCAAUCUAUCCAAUUAUUUACCUUUUAUCUUGAACCAGAUUGAUAAUCAACAGAAAAAACAGUAUAUUCUCCUUCAUUCACUCAAGGAGGUUAUUGUGAGGCAGUCUGUUGAUAAAGCGGAUUUCCAGAAUUCUAGUGUUGAGAAAAUACUUGCUUUACUGUUUAACCAUUGUGAAAGCGAAGAAGAAGGUGUAAGGAAUGUUGUUGCUGAAUGCUUGGGAAAAAUGGCUUUGAUAGAGCCUGAGAAACUGGUUCCUGCUCUUCAGGUAAGGACAACGAGUCCAGCUGCUUUUACUCGUGCAACUGUUGUUACCGCUGUGAAAUAUUCAGUAGUGGAACGACCUGAGAAAUUAGAUGAAAUCAUCUUCCUUCAGAUUUCUUCUUUCCUCAUGCUGAUUAAAGAUGGUGACCGGCAUGUUAGGCGUGCAGCUGUCUCAGCUCUGAGUACUUUUGCUCAUUAUAAACCAAACCUUAUUAAAGGACUUCUCCCUGAAUUGUUACCACUUCUAUAUGAUCAGACCGUUAUUAAGAAAGAAUUAAUUAGGACAGUUGAUCUUGGCCCAUUCAAGCAUGUCGUUGAUGACGGGCUUGAGCUGAGGAAAGCAGCUUUUGAGUGUGUGUUUACUCUGCUAGAUAGCUGUCUUGAUCAAGUGAAUCCGUCUUCUUUCAUUGUUCCUUUCCUCAAAUCCGGACUAGAAGAUCAUUAUGACCUGAAGAUGCUUUGUCAUCUUAUACUCUCCUUGCUAGCAGAUAAAUCCCCCUCAGCCGUACUUGCUGUACUGGAUUCUCUUGUGGAACCACUGCAUAAAACAAUAAGCUUCAAGCCAAAGCAAGAUGCAGUGAAGCAAGAGCAUGAUCGUAAUGAAGAUAUGAUCAGAAGCGCUCUUCGUGCUAUAUCGUCACUGGAUCGUAUCAAUGGGGUAGAUUAUAGCCACAAGUUCAAGGGCUUAAUGGGUGACAUGAAGAGGUCUGUACCAUUGUGGGAAAAGUUUCAGACAAUCCGGAACGAGUAAGUUUUUGUGUAUGUUGUCUCAUGAAAAAGCCAUCGAUGAUGAUUUUUCUAUUCCAAGAAAAGGGUACAGCGAAA